AUGGACACCACUUCACACGCCGGAAACGCGGGGAGGAACGAGCAGGAGCGGAAGGACCAGAGGGAAUGGGGGAAUGAAUUAAAGAAAGCGCGGGAGGCUUUAGCGGAAGGAAGGCGGCGGGAAGAGGAGCUGGAAGGAGUGGUGAGGGAAGGCAAGAAGGCGAUGCGGGAGCUGGAGGAGUGGAUUGGGCGGAAGGUGGAUGCGAUGUCGUCGCUCGCUACUGUGCUCCGAGAGGGGUGGCUGAGGGAAGCGGUGCUGUCUCAGGCCGAGGGAGCGCGCAAGCGCGCGCGCAUGAUGGAUGGCUCUCCGUCGCAUCCGGUGAUAAUGAUGGAGCAUCUAACGGCUCUGAAUGGUCACGCGGAGGCCUUCCGUUCAAUGGUGCAGGCAGUGAGGAUGCUGUCGUUCGGACUUGAAAACCGGAAUUCUCAUGCGGGUAGAAUGACAGAGGAGAAAGAGGGAGAGGCUACUUCUGAGGCGGCUCAAAACAAGGCUCAUGCGGAUAGAAUGAAAGAGGGGAAAGAAGAAGACGGGGGGGAUCAAUGGGCAAUGGAGAUCGAGGAGGGGGAGGGAGAGGAGGCGCAGGAAGAGGGGCCAGGGUUGAAGCAAGAGGAAAGAGGAAGGGACGGUGCAGAGGAGGGGCACGAGAACGAAGCGGAUGGAGGGGAAGGGCGAGGCAUAGGGUCAGCAGAGGAAGGGGCGAAACGAGGAGUAGAGCAAGGGGCAGGGCAAGGGGUGGCGCAAGGGGCAGGGCAAGGGGUGGCGCAAGGGGUGGCGCAAGGGGCAGGGCAAGGAGCAGGGCAAUGGGCAGGGCAAGAGGCAGAGCAAGGGGCAGCGCAAUGGGGGGAGCGGGAGCCAGCGCAAGGGGCAGAGCGAAGGGCAGGGGAGGGGCGACUGGCCGAUGUGGACUCACAGUCAGUGAGGCAAGCGGUUGUCAGGGAGGCAGCCAUGCAAGAGGAAGUUGUUGACAAUCUUUCCAUGGUGCAGCCGCUCAUUACUGCCGCCCGUACUGCCGGGAGCAGAGGGGGCGCGAGUGUGGAUUCAGGAGGAGCAGUUACGAAUGUGGAGGAUAGGCCUGCACACAAGGGAGGAGGGAAUCGCACGGCGGGGAGAGCAGGAGGACCACCGGUGGGGAGGUUAUAUCAGUGGCCGGCCGGCCGGGUAGCAAGCGAAGCAGAGGUGCGGGCACGGCUACAGAGACGGAUCGAUGAUUUGCAGAGACGAAGCAUCCAUCCCGACAGGAUGGAAAAUACCACCCGAGAUAUUAACCGGGUGGUAUCACAGCUUUGGAACCACCCGGACCCCGCUGCAAAAGAGCUCUCUCUUUCUAGCCUCUCCCUUGCCUGCUACCUCUUCCUCACUCCCCACUGCUAUCCGGGCUUGCUACCGUCCGUCACCACUCUCAACCUCCAGAAACUUCACCCCGUCUCCCCAUGCGCCGUGAAUCUGCUCCUCCGCAUGCCCUCUCUCACAGCCCUUCACCUCCACGAGACUUCCGUCCGUUCAGACGCUCUGCCGCUCUUCCCUCGCAUGUCUCGGCUCCAGAGGCUCGUCAUCGCGUGUGCUGACCCCUCCAUUGUUCUCAAUCUACCAGCUAGCCGUCAAGGCAACCUGCCUGCUCAGUCUGAUCCCAUCAGCACUAUCCAGCCGUUUCAGAGCUUGCGAGAGCUGCAUCAAGGGGAUGACAUCGCAGGGAUGGAAUCGUCUCAGGAGACUGAGUUUGGUACACGCCCUAAGCUGUUUCUGGAGCACCUGAGUUUGGUUCCUGCGCUGCAGGAGUUGGACCUGGGCUGCAACAACAUGCAGCAUGCUUGGCUGCUGCCGGUUCUGGAAGGGAAGAAGGUGACUCGGCUCAGGGUAGGGGGCUCUGGGUUUGUGCCAAAAACGCUGGAACGGCUUCAGCGGGAUUGGAUCGAGAUUGACUCGAAAUGA